AUGGCCUCAACCCAAACCCCAGCAGCGGCCGACACGUCCGUGUGCUCGGUGGCAAGCGCCAAGAAGGCCCCCCAGAGGUCGCACGAGGUCUUCGCCUGCACCGUCCGGCGCCCGCCGUACGCCUACGCGCAGCUGCGGCUCGACAACCCCUCGUCGCCCGCCGGCGCCGCGAUCCCGCUGGACCUCGUGCUGGCGCGCUCCUACUGCGCCUCGGCCCUGCAGCAGUUCCUGGGCGUCACGGGCGCCGCCGUCUCGGUCGACGUGCUCAGGGUCGACGGCGAGGCCGGCGAGUUCUGGGUCCGCGUGCCGCAGCCCGACCUCGGCCGCUUCUCCGCCGCCGUCACGGCCUGGCCCGGGGCCUCGCAUUUCGGCUCCACCACCGUCCUUCGGAUCCUGGCCUGCGGCGACUGGCUUGGCAGUUUACUGGGCAGGUCAGAGCAGCAGUCACUCUGGACCUCUUAA